AUGGCGUCUAACAAUGUAAUUCGGCUCCUUUUGACGGUCUACAUCCUUCUUUUAUUGGCUGUGAGCUGGAUCACCUCAUGGGUUCUGCAGGUGCUACUCAUUAUCUUUACGUAUCCGUUUAUGAGCCGCAGCAAGCGGCAGGAUUGCUGCGGUUUUAUCUUCCGGUUUGUCUGCUUCGUUGGCGUUGACGUCCUGAAUCCGUUUUGGAGGAGCCACAUACUGAGGCCUUUUCCUAAGCUGAAGACAGGAAAGGUCCUGAUUAUGAUGAAUCACCUGAGCGCCGCGGAUCCGUUUUUGAUGGUUCGCCUGCUGCUCCCCUUCGACGCCACGUGGAUUGCGAAGAGCGGGCUCUUUCGCGUUCCCUUCGGCGGCUGGUGCAUGGCCAACGCCGACGACUUGAGGGUGCACUUUGUGAACAAGCGGGCCGGGUUUGAGACGGUGAAAGGGUCCGUGGGAGCCAUGAUGGAGGAGGCGCGGCUCAAGUUGCGCCGUGGACGCCCCAUUGCCGUCUUUCCCGAAGGCAUCCGCAACAAGGACUCCGAGGGUGGGUUGCUGCCGUUUCGCCUCGGCUUCUUCAAGUUGGCCGUGGAGGAGGGGGCGGUGAUUGUUCCUGUCGCCAUCAGCGGAACGCAGCACUGCUGGCCUCCCCACUCCCCCCUGAUGGAUCAGGCCACCGCCUACUACUCCUGCGGUGACGCCGUCGACGCGUCGAAGUUCAAGACGGCGGAGGAGUUGCGGGAUCACGUGUGGCGAGUCAUGACGGACUUGCGCGACAGCCAUCCGGACAGGCGUGGAAAAGAAAAACAGCAGUAG